AUGGUCCGUCCCUCCGCUUCCGACUACAACAAACGCAUCGGACUCACCUUCGCCAACACGAUAGCGUACGAGCAGGUGAAGCGAGAGUCUGGCGGCUAUUGCUCCGUCUACUCGCUGCUCAAGAUCUGCUGCCCCACGGCCACCAGGAGCGAAGACCCCUUGAGCGCUCGCCACGGCAUGACGGAGAUCGAGUUCAACAAGCUCCUGGAGCACAACGGCUUCUACAAGGUGAGGUCCAGGCGGUCCUUCCUAGACCGACACGACGACUGGACGCCCAGGGGUGAGUCGUCUGCUCCCUCUCCUCUCCUCGCCUUUGUUGUCCCGUCCCUCAUGGCUCAGCUGACUCGCCUGCUCUUGUCGCCAGUACGCUACAUGUACGCCGCGCGGAGGUGGAGGAACCCCGCUCUCCCCGAGGACCGAGCGCGGCUGGUGGAGGGCUGGGAGCUGCUGGUCAGCAACGCGGGGCCCUUCUUGGCGACGCAGUGUCCGUUGGAUCGCUUCUUGGACCUCUGCCAGCAGGCGCGUUGCCGGUGGGAGGCGUUCGCUAACGGAGCGCCGCCGCUGGACGUCGACGCCUCUCGCGCGGGCCUCGGGCACGGGGACAAGCUCGCUGCAGAGGACGGCCAUGCUUGCACCUCCCACAACCACGACAACGAGGACGAGGACGUCGACGUCGACGAGGACGACGUGGAGCAGAUGGCGCAGGGACCGAGCUCGUUCUUCCCCGGCAUGGAGGGCGCAAGGACGACCCCCCCGGUCUCACACGAGGAGGAGCGAGCGAGGGACGGGAUCGACGCCGUGCUGGAUGACCUCGUGUCGUCGGGGAUAGCUCCGGUCGACAUCGAGGAGUACCUGGAGGGAUUAUCCGUCGAGGACGGGCUGGGGAGUUGGUGCCCGCCGGAGCACAGCAUGUCUGUGUACGGAGGGGCUGCAGUGACAGGGCGUGAUGGGGAGCUGUUUGAGAGCGUUGAGAUGCUGUGGGAGUGUAGGGAGAUGGAAAGGCAGCACGGAUCUAUUCCUUGA